AUGGAAUCACGUUUGCCCUUCGAUGAUGUUGCCUGGGAAAAGAGCGACGAGAUCGAACAAUCCUGGGUAGAAUUUCUCUCCUACGAAGACAUUUUCGAUGAGAUUGAACUUUUUCUCGCUGCACACUAUCACCCUCGUCAGUGUGCCGAUUUCAAACUAUUUCGGAUAGGCGGUAUCAAUGCUACCUUUCUCAUGACGUUCACUGAUACCAAUAUUGGUGACGCCAUUUUACGUUUCCCAAUACCUGGCAUUGCUCUGUUUCCCGAAGAAAAAGUUCGAAAUGAGGUCUCUAUCAUGCAAUUCAUCACGGAGAAAACUUCAGACACGAUGCCGAUUCCCGUUCCUAGGAUUUCUCGCUGGGGAAAGAGAACCGAGAGUCCCGCAAAGUUGGGUCCCUUCAUAAUCAUGGGCUAUAUCGAGCAUGAGAGAAGCAUGUCCGAUGUUCUCGAGACGCCGGGACCUCAUCAACAAAAUCGCUUAGAACUAAACCCGAAUAUUAGUGUAACAAAGCUGAAGUCUCUCUAUAGAGAAUUAGCCAACAUUGUCUUUUCCUUAUCCACACUAUCUGCGAGUCGGAUUGGGUCUCUGAAACAGACUGGCCGAUCAGUGUGGGAAGCGGCCUACCGACCACUUUCCCUGUCAAUGAACGAAAUUGUGCGAGUAGGGACGCUACCCCGAUCGAAACUCCCCACUGCGAAUUACGACAAGACGUCUUUGUAUUUUGAAGCCCUAGCGGAGCUGCACAUUUCACACCUCAAAUACCAAAGGAACGAUGCUAUAGACUCAGCCGACGACUGCCGGCGCAAGUUUGUCGCCAGGUUUCUAUUUCGGAAGCUUAUUCGAGAUCCAGAGCUAAGGGAAAAAUGGAUGUCUCCGAGUUAUGAGAAUGGCCCCUUUCCAGUUUGGUGUGAUGACUUUCGGCCACAAAAUGUCUUGGUCGACAAAGCUGACAAAGUCGUUGGGGUGGUGGAUUGGGAGUUUACAUACGCUGCCCCAGUUCAAUUUUCUCAUGCUCCGCCCUGGUGGCUUCUUCUUGACAAGCCAGAAUAUUGGGCCAAGGGCCUUGAUGACUGGUGCACAGAAUAUGAAAGACGGCUUCCGGUAUUUCUUCAGGCAAUGAGGGAUUGCGAAGAGGUUGUAUUCCAGACUCGAAACGAACGACUCGAGGAAAGCCAGCGACUUUCUAGUCGGAUGCGAGAUAGUUGGGAGAGUGGAGACUUUUGGAUCAUGUAUGCUGCAAGGAACAACUUUGCCUUUGACGCUAUCUAUUGGAACAAGAUUGAUCGCCGAUUCUUCGGGCCCACUGGAUAUGUCGAUGACGACAAUAUUUGCGAUGUAUGGAAGAAAAGACUUGAUCUCUUGGAACCUGAAGAAAAGAAGACCAUGGAAAAAUAUGUUGAUCGAAAGCUUAAGGAGACCGAGACACGGCCUCUCUGUUGGGACCCAGAUCAGUACACCUUAGAAUUCAUGGCAAAGGUGGAUCAAGACUCCGAUGAUGCUUGA